GGUCGGAGGAGGGUUUAAAGCCAGGUGCGCCGAGUCCGCUCGCCAUGUCCAGAUCCGGGGACAGGACCUCCACCUUCGACCCCAGCCACAGCGACAACCUGCUGCACGGCCUCAACCUGCUGUGGAGGAAGCAGCUGUUUUGCGACGUGACCCUGACGGCCCAGGGCCAGCAGUUCCACUGCCACAAGGCCGUGCUGGCCUCCUGCUCGCAGUACUUCCGAUCGCUCUUCUCCAGCCACCCCCCUCUCGGGGGAGGGGUCGGCGGCCAGGACGGCCUGGGGGCCCCCAAGGACCCGCCGCAGCCGCCGCAGCCGCAGCCGCCGUCACAGCAGCCGCAGCCGCCGCCGCAGGAGGAGCCCGGGACUCCCUCCUCCUCCCCCGACGACAAGCUGCUGACCAGCCCCCGGGCCAUCAACAACCUGGUGCUGCAGGGCUGCUCGUCCAUCGGGCUGCGCCUGGUGCUCGAGUACCUCUACACGGCCAACGUGACCCUGUCUGGCAAAAUUGACACUGCAAGCUGCUAUCACAUCAGGCAUUCUUCUACAAGUACAGCUCCCUCUGUCGAGCAGUCUCCAACACAGGAGUUUCUCCAGAAGGUUCUUAACCAACAAACAACGCUUCUCCAUAAGGGCACAUUCCACCAGGCAUCCCUGAAUCAGAACGAGCUGAAUAUGGAAUCACAGAUUCAGAAUCACACUGAUUGUACAUCCAUCAGGUCGAGUGUGCCGGCCAGGGUGCAUCUUACAGCUUUUACUGCAUAUGAGACGUUGCGGGCCUGUUCUCAGGAACUGCCAGGCAGACUGGGAAUCACAGUCACGGUUAAUAGCAGCGAAUUGCCAGCUCUUGAUGGAAUUCGCUCUAACAAGAAAAUGCUGUUAUUGGUUGGAGGACUGCCCCCCGGACCGGACCGGCUCCCCAGCAAUUUGGUUCAAUAUUACGAUGAUGAAAAGAAGACGUGGAAAAUACUCACAA